ACGGUGAGUUACCUUUGUGCAUUUGGGGACAGCUUCCCCCGAGAACUAUUUCUCCCCCACUUCCCCUCUCCCCGCCCAGCCAGAAAGGGGGUUGGGCUUCGCACCCCUAAGGCCGGGAUGACUUCGGCCACGGAGCCCUUCCCCCGCCCGCGGCUCCGCGCAGUGCAUGUCGGGUGCCGUAGAUCCCUUCGUCAGAGUGCUGCGGACGCGAUUACGGACUACAAGUCCCAAGAGCCUCCGGGCGCGCUAGAGGACUACAAGUCCCAGAGGCCUCAGGGCACGAGGGGGCGGUGUCCGUGCAGAGCCCGCGGGCUGAGGGCUUCUUGGAGCCCCUGGAAGGAUCCGGCCCAGUGUCUGCAUCCCGACAACGUCGGGCGCCUGACUUUGGAGGUAAAGGGGAUUGGGGUGGCGUGGUGCGGCCUUUCUUCCUCGGAACGGUGCUGGGUCCCAGGGUGGCCUGGGGGUUUCGGUGUUGUUGCAGCUGCGGGGCUGCGGCGACAGCUUUUCAGGGCUUGGGCCGCGAGCCCCUCGUUAUCUUCCCUGAGGACCUGGCAACUAGGGUGGUCCCUCUUACACGCCUCCCGAUGGUUCCUGCAAGGGAAGGUUGUGCGGGUUCCCCCUGCCCCCCCCCCCCCGCGGGAGAUUGGAGAGGGGCGGGCGCUGUUUCCUCAAGGAACGGGGGUCUGGAGGAGGGUCUCCGCGCGAGCACCCCGGCCGAAGCCCGCGAGUGACCUUGGCGGUCCGGGAGGAGGCAGUCGUCCUUUCCCUCCCCCGUGCGGCUUGCCGCGUGCGGGACUGGACGUGGCUGUACGCGGCGCUCCCGCAGACGGGUUGGGGAGGCGGAGGGCUGGCCAAGUCUUAUGCCAUCCAGAACCUUGGCGGAGGUGGGUUCUCUGGGGCCUCUUAACAGGUGUCAAGGAAGACGGAGGGAGCGGCCUAGGAUCCUCUGCGUCAAAACGACUUGGCAUCCUUGUAAAAAAGGGCAGAUUCCUGGGGUUACCCCACCCCCAGGUUCUGAUUGGGUAAUUGUGGGAUGAGGUCCAGUAAUCUGUAUUUAAUAAGCUCCCCAGAUGAUUUUCAGGCACACUUGGGACUGAGAACCAUUGUCCCAGAGUGAGAAUCAAGAGCCCCAAGCAGGGGGCAUACCGAAACAUCUAGGUCAGUUUUGUUUGCGCUCUGGGACAGAGUGUGGGCUAGGCAGUGCCUAAGCAAAUAGGACCGCUCUCCUUGGUACUUUGCUUCUAUCUUUGGGGCUGACCUGAGUUGGGCGGGGAGAGGUGUGCUAGCUCUGUUUGCCCACUGCUCUUAUGGGGGGGGAGAUAUUCUCAGAACACCCCACCACCCCCACAUUUAAUUAGGAAAAAUCUGAAACAUACAGAAAAGUUGAAAUUUAGUGUACACCUAUGGACCACCACCUAGAAUGUAUAAUUAAUGUUUUUUUGUACCUUGUCAAGUAUCUAUCCAGUCAGCAACCCAUCUUAUACUUGUUUAUACAUGCCAAAAUAAGUUGCAGAUACCACCAUAUUUCCUUUCCAGAUAGUUAAGCCUGCAUAUCAUUAAUUAGAGUUUUAGAGUUCUUUUGUUAUUGAUGUUUUAGCCAACACAAGCCCUGGGUAUUUGGGAGUCUAUGUCUAUCUGCCUUCCAGCCCUGAAGAUCCAAAGGGUUUGGAGAUUUUUUCCACAGGUUGGGGCUCUGGAACCAGAAAAGACCUUAAAUGUGCUCUUAGGAGGAUUUGUAAUUAACAGGCAUGAUUCUAGAAAUACCCUAAGAGCAGAAACAUGGAAUGUAUGGAGAAUACUUCAGAGAACAGAAUUGUUUUGAGAGGAGAGAAUGCAAUGUGUCGCCAAAGGCCAGGUGCCCCAGCAGACCAUGCUGGCAGUAAUUGAAGUGAACUGUCUGCCCGCCUAGGCCAGCCUUAAUCUCUUGGCUUUUAUUAUUACUACUUUUUUUUUUUUUUUUGAACAUAAACUUGCCCAGUUUGAACCUGCUGGCUUUAGGGUGUUUUCUAAACUCCAGAGGAACAGGGCUCGGGAGCACAUUUGACAUUUCACAAGUGGCAUGGCUUUGACUCCCUUAGGCUCUGAUUCUUUGUUCCAUAGCCCAAACACCCAUCCUUCACUCCACUCACUCUGUUCAAUUGAGAGGGAGAGAACAGAUAAACUAUGAAAAUUCAUCUCUACUUUGAGAAACACUGUUUGUGGAGCAAGGACAUAUUUUUGCUCAUAGAGAACACAAUUUGGGAAAUGUGGCAGUUCAUAAUGUCUCUGUCCUUUAUGUGGAGGGUGUGCUGGUGAGAAGACAGCAUAUCAGGGAGCUCUGCAGAGGACUUUGGCCCUUAAUGUGAAGGAGAGGAGGAGAGCCAGGCUGGCAGUGACGAGGUUUCUUGCCUGUGAGGGGCUUGAAAGUAGAUAGCACAGGAUAGAAAUGUGCCCUUUUUUUGGAUCCCUCAAAAGGCUUCUAUCUCCAUCUGCACCCUGUCAAAAUUCUCUCAAAUACUACCUCUUUGGGAAGAGGGGGGUUUGAGGCUGCAAUGUAUAAUGCUGCAUAGGAGAGAGAAGCCAGGCCAGUGGCCUGCCCCUUACCCCUCCCUCCAGAGGGUUCCCACCUGGGGAGAUGCUGGGCUGCCUCCUGGAGUCCAUGGCCCACUGAGUCUGCCCAGUGCCCCUCCUAUUCUGUGAGUCAUCAGACAGUGCUCUGUGGAUAAUGAUAGGAUUCUGGAACCAGUACUGCCUAGACUUAGGGUCAGUAGACCACAUUGGAGGCCCUUCCUUGUGACUUUGAAGCUGGGUAACAAGCCAUUUGCCUUCCCAGAACCUCACUCAUGACCUCUAGGUGAAAAGCAACACCUAGGCCAGAUGAAGAAGACCUGUAUCCACUGUAAGCACUGAAAAGAUUAGGGUAUCUUCAUAUUAGACCAGUGAAAACAGUGCAAAGCACAUAGCACAGGACAAAGAAGUCCAUCAAACAGGCAUGGUGGUGUACCCCCAAAAUUCCAGCUACUCUGAAGGCUGAGAUGAGAAGAUUGGUGGAGUCCAGCCUGAGCAACAUUGUCUCAAAAAACUUCAUGACAUUCUGGUACUUUCCAUGAGAGCAGAUGUGAUGCAUUUUUGGUAAUAUUGGGUCAUUUUUUACAGAAAAUAUUUCUUGUCAUCUUUUCAGUGCUCCUGAUUUGUGAGUGCUGUGAGCACCUGCUUGGUGUGUCUGCUGGGUGAUCACAUCGUCAAUUCUCACUGCAAGGACGUGGUACAGGAGUUCAGUAGAAGCUGUGGAUGUGUUCAGUAAAUAUAAAUGCAGUCUGAAUUCAGAUCUAGUUGCAGUGUCUGGGUUUUUCCUUUUAGAAGAAAAGGAGGCCAGAGCAGGUAGAGGUAGGUAGGGAGGGUGAGAGGGUUGCCAUGAGUGGCAUUGCAGAAGAAUGCUGACCCCUUGCGCAGAAUGGAAAUGCAUUCCAACUGACACAAAGUACAACAUCCCUGCAAGCCGAGAAAGAGGGAAUGAGAUUUUUGAACAGGGUGAGGCUCUUUGUGCAUUGUUCCUCCUUGGUGGGUUCUCAUCUGCCAUCCACAGAGGUAGUAGCCCAGCAUGAGUCUCCCAUCCCAGGAAGCAGCCAGAGUUUCUAAGUGACUUAACUAGGGUUUCCAGAUAAUGGUAGAGCAGGGCUGCACACCCAGCUCUUCUCCUGAAACAGGUUAAAGGGAAAGAGGACCAGGGAAAUGGGCUUUCCUGGCCUCAUAGUGAUUAUUGCUGCUGUUUUUUCCUGUUCUGGAUUUUUGUCUUAAAGGCACUUGUAGGAGGGAGCCAGCAGACUGUAUCUCAGCUGUGAAUGUGUUCUGGCCCUGGGCUGUGGGGUAGUAGGCGGUUGUGUUAGGAACUGCAUAGGCCAUCCACUGAAGUUAAUCCCAAACCUCAUGGACUCUUUUUAUUCAAUAAACAUGUACAGAUAGUUUGGUGAAGUAUGAGGUAGUGUGGCAGCACUGGGAUGGAUAGUGGUAGGUCCAGGGCACAGAGCUGAACCCAGACGUUCCCCUCAAAACUUUGACCAUCAGAUGAGAUCGUGGGAAUAUUUUUCAAGCAUGGACUAAGGAGGGCUUGCUAACGGGUCAAGGUUUAAGGGGAAAAGAAAAGUCUAGAACCCCUUUCAGCCAUCCAGUUUGGUGAGUGGGUACAGUGAACUGAAGUAGGGACCUUUGGUGAGGAGCCCCUGCUCAGGAGUGUCAGCCAGGCUAUGGUGCCCAUCCUUUAUGUGCUGCCUGGUGCUGUGGAGAAACUGCCCCCAAGUACCAUCUCUGCCUUCCAGGAGCUGCAGGCCUGGCUGUACACUGUGUCCUUAUUUACGACUUUUGAUUUCCUCUGCUAUGAGUGACAAAUGUCUUGGAAUGCCUAAAAUGCCCUGCCUGCCUGCCUGCAGGGCCCCAGCCCUCAGACCUCUCCUAGCAGCUGAAGUCCCCAGUGGUUUUGACAGGUAUCUUUUGUAAGUUCUUACCAAGGGUGCCCUUGCUUCUCAGGUGGAUCUUCAGCUUCCUGAGGGCAGGGGCAAUGAGGUGAAUGACCUCUGUAUAGACCAGUUAAUUGUUGGCUGAAUUUUGGAGUCAAGUGUCUUGACUCUGCAAAUAGUCACUUAGAAAAAAGAGAAAAAACUUGGAUGAUGAUGUCCUGUGAAUAAAACUGACUCAUGGUUGAACCUGAAGAAUCCUGCCUGUUCCAGGGAGAAGGCCUCCAGUGAACCCUUCUCAGCUCUUGGUUCCCCCAUCCAUUAAGACAGAUGUUGUCUCCCAUGUUAAUUGCCCAUGGAAAGUGCCUGACAUGUAGUGGGUGCUCAGUAUUCAUUGGGUGAAUAAAAUCAUAUGCCAUGUCUGCAUUUCAGCUCUUUUGUCUUCCUAGUAGCUGGGCAGUUCUGGAGCCACAGGGUUACCGCCUGUGUGUUCUGGCCUUCCCUGAAGCGCCAGGGAUACCAUUGUGAAUGCAGAGUUGAAUCCUCAAGUGUAGUCAUUGGGUUUGGUUCUGAAGUCAACUGGUAGAGCAAAGAACUCAUGAAGUCAAACUGCCCUUUGAAGUCCUUGAAUGGCCUGAGAGAGAUAUGGAGGGACCAUGGCCUGGAGGAGACAACUGAUUCAGCAUCUCUUUUCGUUCCCCAGUCCAGCUUUCAGCACCGAAAAGCUAGGAGGUGGCAGCACUACUUCAGCUUUUUGUUCUAGGUAUCACGACAUCCUUGUAAACUAAGUGCAUAGGAUGGGAUUCCACUGGCAGUGUACACAGUUGUAUUUUGAACAAUAUUUUGGAGAUUGAAAAAGAGGGCUGACAGUGCUGUAGAAGGAGCGUUGGGUGUGAGUCAGGACAGCUGAGGUUCCACCUCAGCCUGGCAUCUCUAAGCAGAUGGGACAGCAUGCCUGUCUUCAGAGUCUCUGUUGCUCCUCAUCUUGCCCGUAGAAUCUCCAGUACUUCAUGUAGCACCUGCCUUUGGCUGCUUCCUAAACGUUUGGUGCAUUAAUGUCAGCUGAGACUUGAGACUUAGGCAUCUCUGAUGGCUUAUCCAGCCCUGAAAGGUGGUCUCUAGAUGUCUCAGUCAUAGAGAAAUCUAUACAUGGCUAAAUAUGGCAAGCCCAAACAUGUAUGCUCCCAUUUUCCCAAGGAGAAACACCCAAAACAGUUCUGUUGUCCCCCCUAGUGAAAGUGAACUCUUAGGGCCCAGUGUCAUGUUUGAGUGACAGGAAUUUAGUUAUACUGUUUCACAUAAUGCAUAUAAAGUACAGCUUACAUUUGCUUCCUACACUAGGGUCCUGGUGCACUUUCAUUCCACUCCUCCCAUGCACCUUUGCUGACAUCCACCACCCUACAGGAUAGAGUGCCCUUGGUGCAGGCUGGCUGAGCACUUGCAGCUGUAGGAUGGUUCCAUUGUGACCUAGGACAGGGCACAUUCUCAGGUUUUCCUAUUGGUCCUGCAGAAUGCAGCUUGCUGUGUGCUUUUAAAGCAGUUUUGAAAAGGCUGUUUACAGGCUGGGCACUGGUGGCUCACACUUGUAAUCCUUGCUACUUGGGAGGCUAAGAUUGGGAGGAUUGCCUUUCAAGGCUAGCCAAGGCAAAUAGGUCAAGAGACCCCUAUCUCCAAUAAAAUAGGCAGAAUAAAAUGAGCUGGAGGUGUGGCUCAAGUAGUAGGGUGUCUUGUUUUGCAAGUGUAGAUGGCGUUUCUAAAAUUAGCCAGCUCUCCCUUAUCAGUCCUGCCAGUGGAACAGGUGCCGAUGACUUGUUUAUUCAUUAGUUGUGGUUGCAGCUGUAGCUGCUUUUGUUUCUUUUGCCCCUCUUUCCCUUUCUGUACUUCCUGAAGGAGUUUUCUGCACCAGCAACAGAACAUGAAGAAACAAAUUCCCAGGCACAGAGGCAGCUCAGAGGGCACUGGACAAGGAGUGUGGAGUCUGAGCUGGCUUUCCAGCCAGGCCUCAGGAAAGCCCAGCAACCUUGUCACUUUUGGUUGUUACCAGGUGUUGCAUGGGCAUUUGGUUACCUGCCUUCCUCUGUCAUGGGACAGGAUGGCUCUCCAGGCCAGGUCUCUGAGGCUAGAUCUAGACAGAUCUAGACCCUCAGUUUGCCUGGAGUUCCGGGUGGCCACCUGAGAGAUCAGAGGGAUUCAUUCUACCAGAUGCAGUGAGACUCAGUAAAGGCUACAUGCUAAUUUGUGAGGGAGAACCCUCAGAGGUACGGAGCAUUCUGUCCUGAAGGCAAAACCAGACCGUAGGCCAAGGCACCUUUCUGGAUCAAGGAGACAUACAUAAACUUAGCACAGUUAGGAGCAUUUUGAGGAAGGUAUUACUCAAAGGAGCUACUCAGCUCCUAUGUUCAUCAUAGGAAAACUAGAAGCAGCAUAAGUAAAAAGCUUUUGUUUGUAUUUAUACGUAAACAAAUCAGCCAAAACCUCACUACCCAGAGAAAACUGCUAAGUAGAAUUACACCAUGUGUGCUGCCUUUACUCAGUGCUGUUGAGCCCUCCUUCCCAGGUUAGUAAAAGUACAUCUGUGUCUCUUCCAGGGGUGAAUGCACCCACACUGUGGAGGUACACCAUGGGCUUUAACUGUCCCUUUGGUUCAACAUCAGGACAGUGAUGCAUAUAAACACCUCUUGCAUGGGAAUUGUCCAUGAGUUCUAAUUUAGCUCUGGGGCAGACACCUUGAAAUGGAAUUAAUCAAAUGGAAUGUGCAGGUACUACAACUAUCUCUUAGAAAAGAAUUAACCUGCUCUGCUGCGGCCCCUGCUGUUGAUGCUAGGUCACAGCAAGUGAAAGUAAUUUCGACAAGAAUUCAAUGUUAUGUAAAUGGUGCAGUAAUUGUCAUCAUAGUUCCUAGAAGUCUUACUACUUUUUUUUUCUUUUUUGGGGGGCGGGGAGACGUAUUGGGGUUUGAACUCGGGGCCUCUCACUUGCUAGGCAGGUGCUCUGUCAUUUGAGCUGCUUCAGCAGCCAGUCUUAGUUAAAACCAUUAGUCCUGUCUAUCUUUUGAUUUUGCUUCUGCUUCAGAGCAGCCAAGGUGUUCACUCUCUUUUUUUGUGCUUUCUUUUUCUCAUGCUUUGUCACACCUCCAUUGAUACUACAUCUUAUCACAACUCUGGGUCAGGGUUACUGCUGCCACCAUUUUACAGAUAAGAAACCUGAGACUCAGCUGAGUAUGGUAGUGCACAUCUGUAAUCCCACUUGGGACAUAGAGACA